AUGGCCUCCAAAUCUAAGUCAAACUUAAUCAACGACAAUCCUAUAGACUCGGGCUUGGAUUUAUUUCGCGGUUUAUUCAGAUCCACGCAGACAGAGCUGGAGAUCCUGAGCCUCUCGGAAGCAGUGCUCUACAUCGUUAAGAACACAUUCCAGAACUUUCCAGCUUCUAAUCAACUCCCUUCCAAAUUCCAAAACGCAACGCUCCUCAACGACAUCAACCGCUUUACUCCUAGUAUUACAUCAAAAGCAUACGAUAUUCAGCGCACUGUUAUCUUAUGCGACCGAGUUGUUAGGUGCGCACCUGACGAAGAGAUCUGGGAUGCUCUCUACGACCUCGUCACUGAAUCCACCCCCCCUCCCUGUCCUCCCUCAUCUAUCCUACAAUCACCGUGGCUCCGCAACACGAGCGGAUUCGCCAACUUGAACGAACACUGCAGAUACAUGUUUCGCGCCUACAAAGGCAUAGCUUGUAUGUUGGACAUCUUGUGGGACUACAACGUUGAUAAUCCCACUCGCCAAGAUCAAUACAGAACCCACAAGGACGUCUUGGAGUUCUUUACAAUGCCCCGACCCUUAUGGAAGUAG